GAUGUGCAAGUUUGUGCAGGAGAAAUCUGGGAGCACGUUUGUGAAGAAGGUGUUUGUACAUUGAAGGGAAACCGUGUAGAAAAGAAGAGAGGACGGCGCCACCUGUAAACCUGCUCAAGUACCUUUUUACGAGGAUGAAAGCACUGUUAGUGUUCAAGUGAUUCAGUUUGCAGCAAGACCAAGAAAAUGUAUCAUGAGAAGACAGUGCUGAUAACAAAUGCAAGACAAACCUGAGCUCCUACCAACAGUACUUUCAUGGUUGGAACCGCCCGCCCCAACCUGCAUUACUGCCCUCGCAGACAGACCCUGAUGAUCACCGGUGCCAUGGGAGCGGUGCGAGUCAACAGAUACAGCAUCGUUUCCACAGAUGAAGAUGCCCUUAAGAUCUCCAGCUUGGGCCUCCACAAUGGCCACAGUCCUCUGACUCAGCAGACAUUGUCAGGGGCCUGUAUGCAAGGUGAGGAGGGAGGAAGAGGAGGAGGAGAGUGUACAGGAAGUGAAGAAAGAAGAGGGGCUUUGUCUCUCAGGGUAAAAAAUGAGCCUAUUGUCCACAACAGCUGCCGGGCUUCACCUUCCUGCCGCCGGGGCCUGGACCUGGGGACUGGCCGCCUGCGCAGCCGCUUUGUGAAGAAGAACGGCCAGUGCAAUAUCGUGUUCAACAACAUGGAGGAUAAGCCACGUCGGUACCUGGCUGACAUUUUCACCACCUGCGUGGACAUACGCUGGCGCUACCUGCUACUCAUCUUCACCUCCACCUUCCUUCUAUCUUGGCUGCUGUUUGGCCUGAUCUUCUGGGGAGUGGCGCUCGCACACGGGGACUUUGACCCUCGCAUACCUGCGAAGGAUGGGGAUUCUCGCAGUACUGUAGAUGCGGGAAAAGAUGAAUGGCGGCCAUGUAUUCUCCACAUCCAGGGCUUCAUUGGGGCAUUCCUCUUCUCCAUAGAGACCCAGACCACCAUUGGAUAUGGUUUCCGCUGCGUCACUGAAGAGUGCCCACUCGCUGUGAUGACUGUGGUGGUGCAGUCCAUAGUGGGCUGCAUUAUUGACUCUUUCAUGAUUGGCACCAUCAUGGCAAAGAUGGUGCGGCCCAAGAAGCGUGCACAGACCUUGCUGUUUUCGCAUCAUGCUGUCGUUGCACUGCGAGAUGGUAAGCUGUGCCUCAUGUGGCGUCUGGGAAACAUGCGAAAGAGCCACAUUGUUGAAGCUCAUGUUCGUGCACAGCUAAUUAAGCCGCACGUGACAGCGGAGGGCGAGUACCUCCCUUUGGAGCAAACAGACAUCGAUGUUGGCUAUGACGAUGGGCUGGAUCGGCUGUUUCUGGUGUCGCCACUGGUGGUGGUCCACGAGAUCAACAAGAACAGUCCUCUGUAUGACCUGAGCUUUACCAACCUGCUGAGCGAGGACUUCGAGAUCGUGGUUAUCCUGGAGGGAAUGGUGGAGGCCACAGCUAUGACCACUCAGGCCCGCACCUCCUACUUAGCCAAGGAGAUUCUGUGGGGCCACCGCUUUGAGCCUGUGGUCUUUGAAAAGGGCGACCGCUACCAUGUGGACUAUUCCCGCUUCCAUGAGACCUAUGAAGUGCCAUCUACUCCUCACUGUAGUGCCAGGGAACUGAGCCAGAUGACGGGUCGUGGCGGGCAGUCCUCAUCCUCCAGCUCGAGUUUCUCCAGGUCUCCAUCACCAUUUGCCCCCAGGGCGGCCCGCCACCUGCUGGGCUCUCACUCCCCCAGCGCUUUCUGCUACGAGAACGAGGUAGCGUUGUGUUGUGGGGACGAUGAGGAGGAGGAGGAUGUAAAGAUGGAGGCGGGAAGCCUGAACAUAAGAAGUGACAGAGAGGUAACGAUGAGAGAUGACAUUCACUUGGGUUUCAAGGAGACAUUUGUGGAGGAGCAGACAGUGGAGAUGCUAUGUGUUCUGGACACAGAGAAUCAGAUCGGCCUUGACAGACUACAGCCCACCCUACCUUUAUACAUCAGCAGAGAGUCAGGAGUUUAAUCAAUGGUAAUGACCGCCCUCCCAUGUGUUUCCUCUCUUUGUGUGCAUCCAACCAAAGCAUUGAACUAGUGUACAAAUACAAAAUGGAGGAUGCAAUUUUGACUGUACAUCUGAUGGAAGAGAAGAAUCUCUUUUGCAGCUGUCACAAACUCCACUCAGCUUUAGUUCAUAACUUGCUCUGGUUUGAGGUAUUGUACACUUUCAGUUUCAGUAACAUCAGUAUUCAUAAAACAGCUCAUCUACUUUGAAACAUAGUAAACAGGUAUUUCUCUCAAACAAGGUUCCCUCAAGAAGUACCUUGGAAAAUGUAUUGGUAUGACCUGUGUAUGAGCUAUACUUAGAUCCAAGCUUUUUGUUCUUGAUUUCCAUUCUUUCUUCCUUUUUUUGUAAAUAUGGUAUGCUUUUGUUUUAAUUUUAAAUGAUCAUACAUCAUAUACAGAUACUUGUUUUGAAAGAAAACUCUAUUUACUUUAAAGGAAGCAUGAUACACAUGCUUGACUUCAACACACUUAUAUUCUUUGCAUACAUUUUUUUCUGUAUUCUGAAAUUCUCUCUUCUAGCUUCUAAAUUUUCACAUCUGAUAAAUUAACAAUUUUAUUUUUUCAUCAUGCAUUCAUGAUUCAUCAGUUUAUUCUACAAUAGUAAACAAAUUCAAAUGAAUUCAAUCCUGAACCGUAGAAACGGCACUCAAAUUUAAGUCACACGUGUACAGAUGAAGAACAAGCACUUUAUCUUUGCUUUUAUCAACCAAUUAAACACUUUGCAAAAGUGCAUUGUUUUGUUGUUCUGUUUUUAAAAAGUCAUACUGUUGAUGCUCAAUUUUUUUGUUUUUUGAGACUCUGUUGCACAUUUACACAGCAGUUGAGUCAUCCAUAUACAUGUUACUUUCAACAUGUUAUUUUGGAUCAAACAUGGGCGGUUGCUCCUUCUCUAUAGCAGGCAUUACUAGAAGAGCUUCUGGGCAAAGCAGGCAACUGCUCUGGGGACCUGCUGUGUGUGCACAUACUGUAUAUGUCGACACACACCAAGGCUAUGAAGGUGUCGAUGCAGGUCAGUUGGUCUCUUUGUCCAACACUUGGUUCCAAUAUCUCAAACAUCUAAAUUUUGCAAAUACAUUCAAACACAUACAAUGAUUGCCACACAGUGUUUCACCGUGACUUCUGUG